AUGGCCCAUCGUACAGGUCAGCUUGAGAAUCCCAAGGCACCAGGGGCUUGUGGAACAGGCAGACUUCGGCAGUUGGAUGGAUUCGCGAUGGGCUUGCAUAUACUGGCAGGCGGAACCAGAAAAAAACUAUUAAAGACCGUCACUCCUCCUCUGUCUUUCCGGCUUUCUCUUCUUCUUUUCUCCAUCACGCUGGAACGUUUCGACUCGAUCUACUCUUGUUCAUUAGAUUCUCUCCUUUUAGGGCCAGUCCCCUUUUUCUUCUUUCUUAUACACACUCCUUACCUGCUUGCCUGUGGCACUGCAGAAGAACAUCACAUUCCUUUUCCAAAAAAAGCAUUUGCAUCUUUGCGUCCAAAUCGUAUAGUUCGGGUUCUCCCAGCUGAAUUAUAUCUUCGAGGUGAGACAUACUCAAUUGUUGUUGUGGUGGUUGUUGUUGUUACUAUUGUCGCUAUUGAUAUGUUCCGGAGUGUGUUGUUGGUGUUGCUCGUUGGUGAUGAUGUCGGGAAUUUCCUCUUCGGGAGAUUUCUACUUCAUCCAUCUUCUUCCACCAAAACGAACUUCACUUCUAGAAAAGUUGAGUGA